GACACAGUAUAACAAAACAAAACAAGUAACAGACAUUACUUUAUUGAAAUCAUACGAACGAAUACUUUUGAACUUACUGAGUGAAUUGUUAUAUAUGAAUAAUAAAGCUUCAGUCUUGUUGUCGUAAGCGUCAAACCUAAUUUGUUUACAAUGAAAAAUGUUGGUAUUUCAUCUGAAUUCUGCUUUUCGCCAUUGUGGGAUCUACAACUUACUUGGUAUUCUGAACGACCAGAGCUGACACCGUGUUUCCAAAAAUCUAUUUUAGUAUGGUUGCCUUGUAUUUUCUUAUGGUUAUUGGCUCCAGUGGAGAUACUACGAACUAGAAGUUGUAAAGGCCCAUCACUACCAUGGACAUUAAUAUCUACUAGCAGACUAAUGUCAACGUUCGGACUUGUCAUUUUAACACUGAUAGAUUUGUCAUUGAAAAUACAACGACAAAGAAGUGAUCAGCUUGUUCCUGGUGUAGAACUUUGCUCUUCUAGCACAAAGCUAGUUACAUUCGUUUUAGUUUUGUGCUUUAUAUUAAGAGACCAAAGAAAAGGUAGAAAAUCAUCAGGAGUGUUAUUUGUGUUCUGGGUUUUGUUAUUACUGUGUGGAGCCAUCACCUAUGUAUCGUUUUUUUAUCAAGUUUUCAAAGAGGAAUAUGAAGUGGUUAAACAAACAGACUACAUUAUAUUUAUGGCUUAUUACCCUCUGGUUGUCAUUUCAAUGGUGUUGGCUGCUGUUAAUGAUUCAGUUCCUGUUGAGAUUAACAAAAUUCUAGAGGCACAGGCAGGAGGAUUUUUUCAACAAGCAACAUUUUUAUCAAGAGUAUUUUUCAUUUGGAUUGAAUGGCUUGUACUUGAAGGAUAUAGAAAGAUAAUAACUCUUAUGGAUCUGCCUGAACUAGCAAGAGAAAUCCGUUCACAAGUUGCAUGGUCAGUGCUGAACAAUUUUUGGAUUAAAGAACUGAAGAAGGCAAAUAUUUUAGGGAAACUGCACAUUCCUGAAGCCAGAGAAGAAAAAGAUAAUUCAGGAAAAGUAAAGAAGAAGGCAUCAUUAACACUUGCACUUGUUAAAGGAUUUUGGGCCCCUGCUCUCAAAGGCUUCAUAUUUGACUUAAUCAACUGUAUCUUGAGAUUGACAUUGCCUCUGAUAUUAAACUUGCUGAUUGACUAUGUGUCCAGUGAUGAACCAGUUUGGAGAGGAUUUUUAUAUGCAGUGUUGCUGUUUGUCAUAGCCUUUUUUGGAAGUUUGUCCUUUUCACAAUUUGCGUUCUAUGUAUGUACUGCUGCCAUUCAAGUGAAAGCAGCACUUAUUGCUGUCAUUUAUCAAAAGGCUUUGCAUAUGUCCAGUGGUUCCCGUCGAAAAUACACAGUUGGUGAACUAGUUAAUUACAUGGCAGUUGAUGCUGAAAAAGUUUUCAACCUUGCUAUCUACAUCACUUUAAUUUGGGGUAUACCAUUAAGAAUCAUUAUUACAAUGAUUCUUUUAUGGAAGUAUGUAGGACCAGCUUGUCUUGCCGGAGUGGCAACCUUUUUUGUUAUCUUUCCACUCUCAUCAUUUCUGUCCCAAAAAGCUCGAGGUGUUCAGGAAAAACAGAUGGUUUUGAAAGAUUCCAGAUUAAAAUUUAUGAAUGAAAUACUUUCAGGAAUAAAGGUUCUAAAACUUUAUGCAUGGGAAACUCCUUUCAUGAAACACAUACUUCAUAUUAGAAGUCAAGAAAUGGAGCUGAUCAAAAAAUUUUCGUAUUUAAAUGCUGGAAUAGGAUUUUUGUGGAACUGUUCGCCUUUCUUGCUAGCAUUAUUUACCUUUCUGACAUAUGUGUUGGUGGAUGAAAGAAAUAUCUUGGACCCCAGUACAGCAUUUGUUUCACUGACCCUCCUAAACAUGCUUCGGUUCAGCUUAAUCCUGCUGCCUGAACUCAUUUCUAACAUUAUCCAGACAAGAGUUUCUUUAGAACGAAUGAACAAGUACUUAUUGUCAGAAGAAUUAGAUACUGAUUGUGUGGGUGAUUUGGUUAAAUAUGCUUGCAAGAAUAAUAAAAUUAAGUUAACUGGAUCUGUUAAUGUUCAAGGUUCUUUAGCUUAUGUUCCACAGCAAGCUUGGAUUCAGAAUACAACUGUACGGCAAAAUAUAAUCAUGAAGUCUGCCUUCAACAGCAAACAGUAUCAGAGGUUGUUAGAUGCAUGUGCCUUAAGGACAGACUUGACCAUUUUGACUGGUGGUGAUUUUGCCGAAAUUGGAGAAAAGGGAGUGAAUCUUAGUGGAGGACAGAAGCAGAGAAUUAGCCUAGCUCGUGCUGUGUAUCAAAAUGCAGAUGUUUAUUUGAUGGAUGAUCCUUUGAGUGCUGUAGAUUCCAAUGUUGCUAGACACAUUUUUAAGUAUGUUAUUGGACCUGCAGGAUUACUAAAAGACAAGACAUGUGUUCUGGUUACACACAACUUGUCAGUGCUACCUGAAGUAGACUACUUAAUAGUCAUGAAAGAUGGAUUGGUUGAGGAUGAGGGCACUUACUCAGACUUGAUGAGCAGGAAAGGACUUUUUGCAGAAUUGAUUUUGCAAAACUUGAACAAAGUACAAGACGAAAGUUCUGAUGAACCUCAGGAAAAGAGACAAAGUUAUGAAUACCUUCCUGAAGUUUUACAUGAAAGUGAAGUUUUGCAGAGAUCAAAAAGUUUUCUGCAUGACAGAGAGGCUCUUAGCUUGUUGUUGUCUAUUGAUUCUGAAGAAUUAAAUGAUGAAGAAUGGGAAGUAAUCAGCAAACAAAGAGGUGCUAUGUUGAUUCAAGAAGAAAAAAUGGAAGUUGGAAAGGUUAAAGCUAGUGUCUACUUUAGCUACCUAAAGAACAUGACCUAUCCUAUUGCCUUUUGUUCCAUCUUAGGAGUUGUGAUGUUUCAAGUUUGUGAGGCUGGUGCAAAUCUUUGGUUAAGUGCCUGGAGUAAUGAUAAACCUUUACCUGAUGGGACUCAAAAUAUUGCUGUUCGUAACUGGAGGUUAACUGUAUAUGGAUUGUUAGGAGCAGCUCAAGGAAUAUCUGUUUUGUUUAGUGGAGUUUUAUUAGCAUUGGGUACUGUAAAAGCUUCUCGUGGCCUUCAUGACAAAAUGAUAGAGUCUACCAUGAGAGCUCCAAUGUCUUUUUUUGAUACCACUCCAAUUGGCCGUAUCCUCAACAGGUGUGGUAAAGAUAUUGAUGUUGUAGACACCCAAAUCCCCAUCAGUUUCAAAGGUUUCACAGACUACCUGUUUGCUUUAAUUGGAAUAUUUGCAGUUAUAUCUAUGACAAAUCCCUUCUUUAUAGUAGCUUUAAUUCCAAUUGGCAUUCUUUACUACUUUAUUCAGAAACUGUAUUUGGCAAUUUCUCGCCAGUUAAAACGUCUUGAGUCAGUCACCAGAUCUCCAGUUUAUAACAACUUCUCAGAAACUAUAAGUGGGGUUUGUAGCAUCAGAGCAUAUCAAGCUCAGAAGUACUUUAUUAAGAUUAGUGAGGACCGAGUGGAUAUCAACAACAACUGUUAUUUUAUGAGCAUGAUAACUAACAGGUGGUUAGCUGUUCGUUUAGAUUGUUUGAGCUCCAUUAUUGUAUUAUCAGCUUCACUUUUUGCUGUUCUUGGUAGAGGCUCUGUCAGUCCUGGAAUUGUGGGGUUGUCUCUUUCUUAUGCAUUAAAUGUAACAGAAGCUUUGACACUACUUAUAAGGAAGUCUGCAGAACUGGAAACAAGAAUUGUGUCUGUUGAACGAAUAGAUGAAUAUGACUACCUUCCUGAAGAGCCAAAAUGGGAAAUCAAAGAAAAAAAACCAAAGCAGCCUUGGCCUGCAGAAGGAGCUGUCCAAUUCCAAAACUAUAGCACAAGAUAUAGAGAAGGGUUGAACUUAGUUUUAUGUGAUAUUAAUCUCAGUAUCAAAGCUGAAGAAAAGGUUGGAAUCGUGGGUAGAACAGGAGCUGGAAAGUCAUCUAUGACAUUGGCUUUAUUUAGAAUAAUUGAGCCAGCAGGGGGCAGUAUAAUCCUUGAUGGUGUAGACAUUUCCCAAAUUGGUUUGCAUGACUUACGUUCCAUUCUAACUAUAAUACCCCAGGAUCCUGUUUUAUUUACUGGCACACUUAGAAUGAACCUUGAUCCUAGUAAUACUUAUACAGAUGAAGAAGUAUGGACCAGUUUGGAACUUGCUCAUCUUAAGCCAUUUGUUUGUUCUUUGGCUGAUGGGAUAAGAUUUGUAGUUGCAGAGGGUGGAGAUAAUCUGAGUGUGGGUCAAAGACAACUGUUGUGUCUAGCUCGAGCAUUACUAAGAAAGACAAAAGUCUUAGUUUUGGAUGAAGCCACUGCUGCCGUGGACUUGGAAACAGACAAAUUAAUCCAGAACACAAUAAAGACUGAAUUUAGUGAGUGUACAGUCAUUACCAUUGCUCACAGAUUACACACCAUCUUGGAUUAUGACAGGGUGAUAGUAAUGGAACAUGGACAAAUAGCAGAAGAGGGAAAUCCAACUAUUUUAUUGUCUUGUCCAACAUCCUUAUUCUAUAGCAUGGCCAAGGAUGCUAAUUUAGUGUGAAGAAAAUUACGCUGAAAAAUGCUUUUCUCUGUAAGGUUCAUUAAUUGCUGUAUGAAAAAAAAAACAAUUUGCUUGAAAACAAAAUUUUUUGUUUUACAAGAUUCAAAGUAUUAAUGCUGAGCUGACAUCAAAAUCUCUUACAAAAUUUUAUUUUCAUAAUAUCAAGUUAGUUAAAUAUGAAAUUAUGUAACACAUUAUAUAUAUCAGUUUUAAAUUAUUUCUGUAGUUUUGGUUACCAUUUAUGGAAAUAACUUCUUCAUGUGAGAGAAAAUGGUAAAAUACACUUUUUAGUAUUACAGUUAUUAACCGAGAUUGAAAAUGAUACUUCAAGUCUUUUAAAACCUAUAAAAAAACCUUUAUUUUUGAAGUUAAAACCUAUAUUCUUAACCAAAAACACUGAUGCUAAGAUUUUAAUACUGUAGUUAUGAUAUUACCACAAUUCUCCAAUACAGAUCCAUGAAAAUAUAACAAUUUUACAGCAUUUAUGAAGUGGGUAGAUAAUUCUGACUUCAUUAUCAGAACUUCUGUGGUAAAAAUCACACAAAGUAAUGAAUGUAUCAAUGAAAAAUUUGCAGAUGGGUAUAGAAAAUCACAUUUAUUAUUAUUCAAGUAUAAGUUAUUUAUAUAUAUGUAGCCCAAUAUUUAAAAGAAAAAGGGAACGUUUGAAAAAAAUAAACUAUUUUGUGCAGUGGCCCACAGAAGGAUAUGUUAAUUACUGUCAGAAAUAAUAGUGUAUUUCUAUAAGUUCUAAAGUUAACUAAAAUGUAAUAUAUUUUACCACUUUUUCAGACACUGUAAAACCAUUUAUUGACAGCACAUAGUGGAAUGUAUUACAGAUAAAAUUAAAAGCCUUAAUCAAUAUAAAAAGGUACCAAACAUAUCAUUUCAAUAAAUCAAACAGCUUAAAGUAUUUUUACUCAAUAGCAACAAGCCAACAUAAUUUUUCAUAAAUGAAUCAGUGCAAGUUUGAAAUUUAAAUUAGGUGAUAAACAAAAAU